CGAACCUUUUUGUUUCACUUUCCUUCCUCUUCUCUCUCUUUGUAAAUUGUGUGUAUUUUACCCUUUAAUACCUUUUUUCUUCAUUGAUUUAGCUUUGUUUGAUUCAUUGAUUCACAAAUUUGAUUCCUUCUCAUGAAAUUCCUCAAUGGUUCCUGAUUGUGGACGGGAAGUGUUGAUGGCGGCCAAAAUAUUAGUGACGAUUUAGUCAAUUCUCCCAAUCUUUGAGAUUUUUAGAAUCCAAGAAAAUAAACAAACAACAACAACAAUAAAAAAUAAUUCUACACAAGCCCUUUUUAGGCAUUGUGUUGAGUGACAAGAGAAUAGGUGUAGCAAUAACAAGAAUAUUCUACAAAUCUAAGACCAUUUGCAAAUACUUCAGGGAAUUAAAAGGCGAAAACCUAAAAUGGAUUCGAUUCCCACAACGCCAGUUCCUGCUUCUGACAUUCCGAUUCAACAAGGUAACAAUCGGACAAUGUCUCGUAGGCUUUCUACUCGUUUUCCUUCAUCCAAAGAUGCCACGUACCCGGAUGACAUAGUAAACGAAUUCGGCCAUUCGCCAUUAUCUGGAUCGAGAAGAGGGAUGGAUCCAGGCACCAGGAGUAGAACAUUGAAUAGAAAUUCAAGUCGAGCUCAGAGAGGAAGCGCGAGUGCACGAUUCGACCCGUCAAUCUCAAUGAGAAGAUCGGGCACGGACAACGAAGUUGAAAAUGAGGACGAGUAUGAGGACGAAAAUGAGGAAGAAUGUACGGAAGAAGGGGAGGAAACGUCGAAAGGAGGAGAGGAGCCGGUGAGAAUGUCGUUGAUGGCAUUGUUAGCAGAGUCUGAGGGAUCGUCGUAUAUGAUGGGAGAGGACGAGGACGAGGAUGAGGAUGAUGGUGGUGGCGACGUCGGAGGAGGAGAAAAUAAUAGUUGUUGUGUUUGCAUGGUUAGACAUAAGGGUGCAGCAUUUGUACCUUGUGGACACUCAUUUUGCAGGUUAUGUUCAAGGGAACUUUGGGUUGAAGGAGGUAAUUGCCCACUUUGCAACAAUUUCAUAUUGGAAAUUCUAGACAUUUUCUGAUCACUCCAUCAAUAUUUAUCCAAUUUUUACAUAUUCAGUAUUACUCUGCAAAUUUUGUCAAUUUAGAUUUAUGUUGUUAUUUCUUUUCUUCUCUUUUUCUUUUUCUUGUUUUUUGCACUUUCCUCUUGUUUGUCUGAAAAGUGUAUCUUGUAGUACUUGAAAUGUCCAUUGUGAUUGCAUUUCCUCCUUUUGUAUAUUAACUCAAUUUUCUUGUCUUGUAUGAAAACUUAUAUUGAGCACCAA